GGCUGAUAACCGGUAUCUCCUGACUCCUCCUGUAAUCCAGCGUAGCUUGGUAGUGCUGAAAGUCUGAACUAGUGUGUUGAGACAACAGAGAGGUCAUGGGAAAACUCCAAAAGAUGCUGCUUCUGUUCGAGCUACACAUCCUAUACCUGCAGCCUGCGGCAUAUACUAUUUUGAAGUCAAAAUUGUCAGUAAGGGAAGAGAUGGUUACAUGGGAAUUGGGCUUUCGGCACAGGGUGUGAACAUGAACAGACUACCGGGUUGGGAUAAACAUUCAUAUGGUUACCAUGGAGAUGAUGGACAUUCAUUCUGUUCCUCUGGAACUGGACAACCCUACGGCCCAACCUUUACUACGGGUGAUGUCAUUGGUUGUUGUGUCAACCUUAUCAAUAAUACCUGCUUCUACACAAAGAAUGGACACAGCUUGGGCAUCGCUUUCACAGAUUUACCGCCAAACUUGUACCCUACAGUAGGGCUUCAAACACCAGGAGAGGUUGUGGAUGCUAAUUUCGGACAACACCCAUUUGUAUUUGAUAUUGAAGAUUAUAUGCGAGAAUGGAGAACCAAAAUUCAAGCACAGAUUGACAGAUUUCCAAUAGGAGAUCGAGAAGGAGAGUGGCAAACAAUGAUUCAGAAAAUGGUAUCAUCUUACUUAGUUCACCAUGGAUACUGUGCAACAGCAGAGGCAUUCGCCAGAUCCACAGACCAGACUGUGCUAGAAGAAUUAGCUUCCAUUAAAAAUAGACAAAGAAUUCAGAAAUUGGUUUUAGCAGGAAGAAUGGGAGAAGCCAUUGAAACAACACAACAGUUGUAUCCAAGUUUACUAGAAAGAAAUCCUAAUCUCUUAUUUGCAUUAAAGGUGCGCCAGUUUAUAGAGAUGGUGAAUGGUACGGAUAGUGAAGUGCGGUGUUUGGGAGGCCACAGUCCAAAAUCUCAAGAUAGUUACCCUGUUAGCCCACGAUCAUUCAGUAGUCCUAGCAUGAGUCCCAGCCAUGGAAUGAAUAUUCACAAUUUGGCAACAGGCAAAGGGAGCAGCACACACUUUUCUGGGUUUGAAAGUAGUUGCAGUAAUGGAGUAAUAUCAAAUAAAGCGCAUCAAUCUUACUGUCACAGUAAACACACGACCACCAGCUUGAAUGUACCAGAGCUCAACAACAUAAAUGUAUCAAGAUCGCAGCAGGUUAACAGCUAUUCCAGCAAUGAUGUAGACAUGGAAACAGAUCACUACUCCAAUGGGGUUGCUGAGACUUCAUCCAAUGGCUUCCUAAAUGGUAGUUCUAAACAUGAUCACGAAAUGGAAGAAUGUGACACAGAAAUGGAAGUAGAUUCAAGUCAGUUAAGACGUCAGCUCUGUGGCGGCAGCCAAGCGGCUAUUGAACGAAUGAUCCAUUUUGGAAGAGAAUUGCAAGCCAUGAGCGAGCAACUAAGAAGAGAAUGUGGCAAAAACACAGCGAAUAAGAAAAUGCUCAAGGAUGCGUUCAGCUUGCUUGCGUAUUCGGAUCCCUGGAGCAGCCCUGUUGGAAAUCAGCUCGACCCGAUACAAAGAGAACCCGUCUGCUCUGUACUCAAUAGUGCAAUACUGGAGACUCACAAUCUGCCAAAGCAACCUCCGCUUGCCCUGGCAAUGGGGCAAGCGUCACAGUGUCUAGGAUUGAUGGCUCGAUCGGGAAUUGGAUCCUGCGCCUUCGCCACAGUGGAAGACUACCUACACUAGCUAUGCAGUUGGAGACCUGACAGGCGGCGUGGCGUGGCGUACUCGGCGUGGCAAGUAGAGCAGCUCUGCUGACUGGAAUUUGGAGUUUUAAUUAUGUACUAAGGACAAGUCUGUCGCUUUAUGUUGCUUCCUAGUUUACAGCAUGAUGCAAAUGAUUUCUAACUUAGCGUUAGGAGACAGUUUCCAUCUUUAAACCUCUUAGACAACUAAGAGUGGGAAAUAUCCCUGGUAACGUCAGCCAUCCAAAUUGACAAGUACCAAUCCUUUUAUACGAUUGUCCGACACGAACCAAAAAUCCUGCUGCCUUGUGGUGGGAACGGAAGAACGGAGAACGUGGAUGUAUUAGUGUGUGGGUGAUGUAAACGUCAAGCAGGAUGACUUGCCAACCUCCACCCCCCUUGUUACAUAGCUCAAUCAGUGUAAUUUGCAAAAUGCAUAAACACCCAAUGGUUUGGAUAUAUAGUGUUGAUGGGAAGAAAUGAUAUUUUUUAAUGUGUACUGUAAAACUUGAAUUACUCAGGAGCUGAGUGAACAUGUUUGUUGCUACUUACAAUCCCAACCUGUUGAUCUUAGUAGUUUUUUGUUUUAACAUGGUCUUUUCAACUUUGUUUCCUUGUUUAACUACGGACAGCUUCUGUUGUGUAGACUCACCAGUUUAACUGUUGUAUUAUAACAGUAUUACAUGUCAACACAGUGUGGUUAUGACCUAUUUAUAUAAAAACCAAAUAUUUAGUCAAUUUACAGUCUUAAUUUAAUCUUUGUACACCUUGCAUUUUUAAAAGUGCUUAAAUAGUACUAUAUUGCAAUAAAAUGUAGUGAUAUCAUAAUUAACCAGCCAUUAAAAACUUACUUCUACAGCCGUGGUAGCAUGGACUUGUAUGCUACAUUUUCUCGGUUCUAGAGUUCCUCUGCUGGAACAGGGGUCCGCAGGGCAGGCCCAGGAGUUCAGGAGGAUGGCUCACUGCUCCCGGGGGGGCCAUGUCCCCCCAGCGGAGUGCUACAAUCUCUGGGCUCUCAAAAGUUAAAGGUUUACAGUGCUCUGGCCAUGAAGCAAGUCUAGGGAGCAGAGCCAAGCCAAGGCAGGGAGGGGAGCUGACUCCGUGCUCCCUGCAGAGGGGAGAAAAAAAAAAAAACCAAAACAAACCCUCAUUCCUGGAAAGCAGGCACCAGUCUGGACAGCAGCAUCCCUGCUACCUGAACCCACUCUGGUAUUUACGAUAAGAGCCUGCCUCUAGGGUCCACGCGUGACUGGAAAAGCAGGAAUAACUGUUUCAAGAAACGCAGCUGCCAGAACAGUUAAGUACAAUGUUGUUCCUCUUUAUUCUCUGCAAAGCUGCUGCCUGGGGGAGUAGCACCCAGCUUGACAAGCCUGGUCUUAACAGCAGCUGCUCUGUGUCACUGCUGAGGAUGAGGGGGUCACUGCCCUGGCCCAGCUGCUGCUUCGCUUCCCUGACCACUUCUGAAAGGCAGAGGGGAGAGAGGAGGGAAGACAGUUGAGGCCCAGCUCAGUGAAGGUCAGUGCCUGCUGGGGGCUGGAGCUGGAAGCAGAGUGAUAAUGGAGAAGUGGGAGGGGGAAAAAAAAAACCACAAACCACCCCGCCUUUGCUGUGGUGAGAGACUUUUACUGAAAGUCCUUAAUAGCAUCUUCUGAAAAAAGCUGUCUUCAUAGUCAAGUUUUAAUCUGUGCUGCGAGCCAACGUUUCUUAAACCUUGUUGCUCUUUGCUUUUUCUCUUGCCCUUAAAAAAAAAAA